GGAGAUUGUGCCAUUCUGAUGUGACUCUCAUUUACAAUCUUUUUUGUUCACAAGUUUAGUUUGUAAUUUAAUUUUAGUGCGGUAACAUCUCACAACAGGCAGUAGUACCAGUAAAAGAAUAAUUUUGUAUAAAAAAUUAUAAUCAUGCAUUCAAUGCUGAAUUUUGUACUAUUUACGGGAGGAUUAUGGCUAAUGGUUCUCACUAAUUCCGAAGCUGAAAAAUGGUCAUGGCCAGUGUCAGGAAAAGAUCGUGAUAAAGAAGCGAGCAACCGAAAGGAUGUGUAUUAUGAAUCAAUUAGUGGAAGUGGCGAAGGAAACGGAAGAAUUCGUGUGCCAUCAUCUUAUCAAGAUUACAACGAUAGAAGACCAUACGCUCAACAAUAUCAAGUGAGGGAAUCAACAACCAACAAACCGAAACCAUUAAGUGAUGAAUUCUCAAAUGAAUUUACAGCAAGUGGUGAGAGCUACAACGGUAAUAAUCGAUAUCAACCAAAUCGCUUUGGGACACCACAAUCGCAGGCAAAUGAUUACCCAGGAUUUGGAUAUCCACAGCAAGGAAGUUUCGGAGUUGGACCGUACUCACAAUUCGGUCCCGGAGGAUUUCCUGGUGCUCAGCAUUAUCCUGUUGGUGGUGCUUCAGGUUAUCCUGGUCAAUUCCCAAUUCAUGGAGGAAGUAAUGAUGUUGUUGCUGAUUUUUUCUUGCAUUUGCUACAAAACUUUAUUCCAGAUCCACUCGGAUAUCCACAACAGAAUAAUCUUGCGAAUGGUCUCUUAGUGGGUCCUGGUGGUCCGACUGGAAUUAUUGGAAGGCCUGGAUUCUCACCAUAUCAAGGAGGUGGCUAUCCUGGUGUUGGUGGUGGAUAUCCACAACAAGGAGGAUAUUCUGGACAUCCUGGCUAUCCACCACGUCAACCAUUUGGUUUUGAAGGACAACAUAAUUCUCUUGGAGCUCAACAUAAUGGAUUUGGAGGUGGUCAGUUUAAUCCAGCAUUUGCAGGUAGUGGUGGAUUUGGUGGUGGAAAUCCAUACGGAGGUGGAAUUAAUCCAUACAAUCAACAAUUUGGAAGUAGUCCCUACGGACCAUAUUACGAUUCACAAGGAAAAAACUCAGCAGUUAAGAAAGUCGAGAAAUCAGCAAAAUCAAAUUGAGAGCUUUUGUCAGGAAAUUGAAUAUUCUAGCUUGAUUGUGAUUUAUAUUAUUUUGUAUAUUUUUAAGACUUUUUCUUCCUCUGAGGAAGUUCCUUAUGAUUAAGACGAAACUUUAAGUUAAAAAUUGAAAAUGAAGCUAAAGAAACUGUAAUUACGAGAAAUAAAAGUAUGGAAAAAUAUUCAUGAC